AUGAGCAUGGAUGAGUGCGCCCCCUCCUCUCGCCGCUCCCUGCUGUCGUGCCUGGUCGGAGGGUCCCAGGUCCUGGGGCUGGCGGCCGUGGUCCUGACCGGGGUGUGGAUGGGCCGCUACAGGGGGGGCUUUGCGUGGGACGGCUCAGCGCUGCAGUUCAACCUUCACCCCCUCUGCAUGGUCCUUGGACUGGUGUUCCUGCAGGGAGAUGCGGUGUUGGUGUACAGAGUGUUCCGGAACGAGUCCAAGAGGAAUGUGAAAAUGCUGCAUGGGAUCAUUCACCUGUUUGCACUUAUUAUCAGCGUCGUUGGUAUCGUGGCAGUGUUUGACUUCCACAAAGCUGCAAAGAUCCCGGACAUGUACUCUCUGCACAGCUGGUGCGGCCUGGCCACGCUGGUGCUCUUCUGCGUACAGUGGGUGCUCGGUCUGAUGUUUUUCAUGUUUCCUGUGGCGUCGGCAUGGUUACGGGCCAUGUACCUCCCCUUGCAUGUGUUCUGUGGAGUGAUGCUGCUGGUGAUGUCCAUCGGGAGCUGUCUGCUGGGCAUCACAGAGAAACUGCUCUUCAGCAUCAUGGGGACGUACUCUCAGCUGCCAGCAGAGGGCGUGCUUGCGAACUGUCUGGGAGUGGUGUUGGUGUGCUUUGGGGUCCUGCUCAUCUUUAUUCUGACUAAUGAGGAAUACAGACGCCCCCCAAACCCAGAGGAGGAGGCCCUGUCUGUGCACUUCAAGACCCUGACAGAGGGCGCCUCCUCACCUACGCCCUAA